GUCGCUCACUCUUUAUUAACAACAUCAUUUACCCCCUUUCCCUCCCUCCUUUCUCUUUCCAUUUCACGGUUUCAAGUUGAAACCAAAGACUCCUCACUUUCUCCCUACAAUAGACUCCUACUACCACUCUUUCUCUCUCUUGAUUCUCACUACAAAAACGUUAUAGUUCCCAUCACCAUACUCCCAAAAAUGCAAUUUUCAAGAAACUCAAUCCUUAGGCAACUAAGCAGGAAAGAAGGUUGGAGGUCGGCUUCUAGAAGGUGGACAUCCGGAGAUAGCUCAACGGCCUUCGCCGACGACACAAGCGGUGGUGCUGGCGGUUACUCUUCAAUGGAGGGUCUAUAUGGGGUUUAUUCUGGUGAAGAUCCGGCGGCGAGAAGGAAAAGAGUGAUGGUUGUGGUGGAUGAGACUUCAAGGUCUAAACAUGCUAUGAUGUGGGCUUUGACGCACUUGACUAACAAAGGAGACUUGAUGACUCUUCUUCAUGUUGUGUCUCCUCAUGAUGAAGCUUCGCCUUCUUUGGUUCAGUCACUUGGUUCUCUUUGCAAAGCUUGUAAACCCGAGGUGGAUGUGGAGGCGUUGGUGAUUCAAGGACCAAAGUUAGCAACUGUACUCAGCCAAGUGAAGAAACUUGAAGUCACUGUUCUUGUUUUGGGUCAGAAGAAAUCUGCACCAUUCAUCUCCUGCUUAUGUGGACCCAGUAGAUCAGAGGAGCUCGUGAAUCGAUGUAUCAAUGGUGCAGAUUGUUUGACGAUUGGUGUGAGGAAACAAAGCAACGGUGUUAGUGGCUACCUGAUUAACACACGAUGGCAGAAGAACUUCUGGCUUCUGGCCUAAUCGCAAUUUCUAAUCUUAGCAGCCGUAGUAGAACUGUUCCAUCAGUUGGUGUUAAUUUUAGUGUAAUAAACUAUGGAUCUCUUUCUUGUCCCAUCUUGAACAUAACUUUGUCUUAUGUCCGGUAAGAAAUUAAAGUUUAACUA